UUUAUUCGGAGCUUUGUGCUAUGGUCGAUUAGUUAAAGCUCCUCCAAAAUUUUGUUUGGCACUUGUCCUAAAUUAUUCCAUUUAUUGUAAAUAAACAUACACCUGAAAUGGUAUUAUUUGAACGGUAAAAAGUGAUACACGUCGCUUAGUGCUAUAAUAAUUUUGGAAUGGGCUGUGAUCUUAAAAGUGCGAGGACAAAGUUAUGCUAAUUUACUCCCCAUGUUACCGGGUUUCACCUAUGUACCUGGCGUUAGAAGAUUCGAAGUAUCAGUAGAGAUGGUGAAGUGAGCGCCGCGAGAUGGUUCCAUGUGUGGUAGCCUUGCUGCUUCUAGUUCGGGCAUGCCGCGUGCACGCUCUCGACAUUUCUCAAUGCAUCGCGCCUCUGGGUAUGGAGAGCGGCUUGAUUCCAGACAAGGAUGUCACGGCUAGCUCCUCCUUCAACAAUGACAAUGUAGCUCCGCAGAAUGGAAGACUCAACCAGGAGAUAAAGGGCGGCGCAUGGUGUCCCAAAUCCCAGAUCACCACCGAGUCCUCAGAAUGGCUGGAGAUAAACCUGCAUUCGGUGCACGUGAUCACGGCGACCGGCACCCAGGGCCGCUUCGGGAACGCGCAGGGGGUUGAGUACGCAGAGGGGUACGUGCUGGAGUACUGGCGGCCGAAGCUCGGCAAGUGGAUGAGAUAUCGCUCCUCGGAUGGUCAUGAGAUACUGCCCGGUAAUACGAACACCUAUCUCGAAAAGAAGAACCAUCUAGAACCACCGAUAUGGGCUUCCAAAAUCCGCUUCAUUCCGUACAGCUCCCACCGACGCACCGUGUGCAUGCGAGUCGAGCUUUAUGGGUGCUAUUGGAGUGUCGGUAUCGUAUCCUACUCGAUGCCAAAAGGCGACAAGCGUAGCAACGGUGUGGAGCUGACCGACACGAUAUAUGACGGCCAGUGGGGAGAGGAACUGAAGGGCGGUCUGGGUCAGCUGGUGGACGGCCAGUUCGGUGGGGACGAAAUACGGGAAGCUGCGAAGAACUUGGCGUGGGUCGGGUGGAGGAAUGACUCGAGGCCGAACCCGCCCGUGAUCAUCUUCGAGUUUGACAAAGUGCGAGAGUUCAGCGCUGUGCAUUUGUUCUGUAACAACAAGUUCAUGCGGGAUGUGCAGGUAUUCUCGGAGGCAAUAAUCUCGUUCUCGAUCGGCGGCCGCCACUUCCAAGACGAGCCGAUCCACUUCACACCGGUCAGCGACAAUAUAUUCGAAAAUUCGAGAAACGUCAGCAUUAAGCUCCAUCACCGGAUCGGCAAGUGGGUGCGGAUCGAGUUGCGCUUCUCCGCACGCUGGAUCCUAAUCAGCGAAGUCGUUUUUGACUCGGAUGUAGCGCAAGGCAACUACACGCCGGAAAGUUCGAAACCAGCCCAAACGAAAGACAAAACGAAAUUAAUACCCACAAGCAAUGUGCCCAUAUCCACAGCUCAUCAGGACGAUCCGCUGUACAUGGCAAUAGUAGUCGGUGUCCUAACUGCCCUAGUGAUACUCCUCAUUGUCGCUGUAUUCCUCAUCGUCCAUAGACACAGGCAUAGAAAAUGUUUCGCCUCACCCUUGGCCAAAACAACCAUAGCACAGAAGAGAACGGUACCAGAGAGCUACAACACGUGCGGUUCCUCAAUGUUGCCAGACAACAAAAUGUUAGACUGUGGUUUAGAUGUUAAGUCCGAUGAAUAUCAAGAGCCAUAUCAGGCUUUGAAGUGCGCGCCAUAUUUUAGUUAUAGUACUGUGUUGCUAGAGAUGAAAGACUUUGUUAAGGAUUCAAACACAGCUUUAUCUGACAGUUCGAACUACGACUACGCGGUGCCCGAGCUGAGUUCAGCGCCCUUACUCACGAAGCGGAGUCUCGCUGACGAGCUGUCCGAGCGCGGCACGGCGCUCGUCGGCGAGCGGGAUUCCCCCAGCGACCGGGACACGCGCCGCUCGGCCGGCUCCAAGCGGAGCGCGCGGUCACCGAGCCAACAAGAGGUGCUAUUAGAUGCUAAGCGGAGACUCGAGACGACGAACGUGAUCGAGUUUCCGCGACAUAGACUGAGAAUGAUCUCCAAGCUUGCAGAAGGAGCAUUUGGCACGGUGUACGUGGCGGAAGCGGACGGUGUACCCGAGUACAACGGCACGAUAACGUCGGAGAAGCGGCUGGUCGCGGUCAAGUUCCUCUGCCACGACGCCUCGCUCAAGGAGAGGUACAUCAUGGAGGAAUUCGAAAGAGACGUACGCAUCUUAGCCGCGUUGUCGUCUCCGCACUUGGCGCGUGUGUUGGGCGCGUGCCGCUCGCCGCCAUUGGCUGUUGUAUUAGAGUAUCUUGAAUUAGGUGACUUGUGUUCAUUCCUACGUACAACGGCGCCGCCCUCUAUGGCGACGUUGCUUCACGUAGUGACGCAGAUCGCGGCCGGCAUGCAGUACCUGGAGUCACUUAACUUCGUGCACAGGGAUUUGGCGGCGAGGAACUGCCUGGUCGGCAAGGGCUACCAGGUGAAGAUAAGCGACUUCGGCACGGACAACGAGGCGUACGCGUGCGACUACUACAAGGCCGACGGGCGGAUACCGCUGCCGCUGCGCUGGGCCGCGUGGGAGUCGGUGCUGCGCGGCAAGUACACGACCAAGAGCGACGCGUGGGCGUUCGCGGUCACGCUGCACGAGGUGUUCACGCUGUGCCGCCGCCGCCCCUACGAGCACCUCACUGAUGCUGAGGUGCUCGAGAACCUGUCGCACCUGCAAGCGGACGACGAGCUGUUUGAGUGCAUGGAGCGCGCGGCCGGCGUCCCGCGCGACCUCUACGAGCUGAUGCGCGAGUGCUGGCGGCGCGACGAGCCCGACCGCCCGACCUUCGCCGAGAUGCACCUGCUCCUCCAGCGCAAGUGCCUCAGCCUCGCCACGUGAUAUACGCGCUGGCUCGACACGGAGCUGCUGCACACCGAGCUGUGAGCGCUCGUGCACGUACUGAUCCUCUCGAAUGUUCUUGCUCGCUCAGAACCUUACC